GCAAGGCCUGCGCCGUCCAGAGGGGCCGCAGGCAUCACUGCGAAGAUCGGCGAGCAUGAUCUUCACUUCCGGUUCUACGGGGACUCCGAAAGCCAUCCGCCGUGACCAUGAGGAGCUCUACUCCUUUCUGUGGCUCUAUGCGAAAGCAUCAACCCCUGACAGCCCAUGCCACCUUGCCUACCAGCCCUAUUCGCACAUGAAUGAGCAGCUGGGCACGGCAGCAGCCUUCUUGCAAGGCGCUUGCGUGGCGUUUUCCAGCGCACAGACUGCCUACGCCGAUGCGCGGAUCGUCGAGCCCACCGGCAUUCAAGGAGUUCCACGAUUCUUCGAGCCGCUGCUGAGCGUUUACGAGAGCAAGGAGGCUACCCUCGAGGAGCUGCGCUUGAGCUUUGGGGGCCGCUUGCACAGCCUCUCCACAGGAAGUGCGCCGGUGACAAAGAGGCUUUUCGAUUUCCUGCGGCUGUGCUUUGAGUCGUGCAGCUGCAGCCCGCAGGUCUGCUACGGAGCUACAGAAGUCGGCCCGAUUGCUCACAACGGCCGCGUGAAUCCCAACGUGGAGGUGAAAAUAGUUCCCUUGGCCGCUCUCGGCCACGACCCAGGAGGCAUCACGGGUGAGAUCCGGGUACGCUGCAAGAACACGCGUGUGCAAGCUCAAGCAUAUGUCGGAGCUACGCUUGCAUUGGACGAGGACGGUUUCUAUUGCACCGGUGAUAUCGGCUGCUACAAGGACGACUUCUUGGAGCUUUUAGGCCGUGUCGGGAACGUCGCCAAAAUGGCGAAUGGAUUGUUCCUCUCUGCCGAGGGUCUUGAAGAGAGAUAUGCCAGUCUCAUCCAGGACCUCGACCAAGUCUUCAUCAUUGCCAAUCCCGAAGAGAAUACGGUCGCGGCAGCCUGUGUCGUGCGGCGCUGGAGCUCUUUGGAUGACAAGCAACUCUUGUCCAAGAUGCAGCAAGUUGCGAUGGAGCAAGGGCUGGGCAAGCACGAGGUGGUGUCCCGGGUCAUUCUCGAAAGCCAGCCGUGGACAUUCCAAAACGGUGGGCUGCUCGAGAACCAGAAGAUCAAUCGCCCAGCUCUGCUUGCCCGCUACAAGGAGAAGCUGCUGUCUGCUACCUUGGAGCGCCCCAAGGACUCUAUGGAGAUGGUUCGGCUCAUGGCCGAGGCAAGACGGCGAGGAGUUGCUUUGCAGCCUGCUGCGCUUGUUCAAGAGCUGGUGAAGGCCGACCUGGCCGCCGCCCCUGCCGUGGCGGUGCCACCAGCCGCCGUCUCGGCAAAGCGUUUCCUUGUGACGGGAGCCACUGGGCUGCUCGGCCGCGAGCUGGUGGCCAGCUUGCUGGCAGAUGGGAAGAAGGUGGUUGCCCCGUGGUCAGCUGGAUUCGGGAUUGAAGGAGUGGUUGUAAAGGACGAAGCGUGCUUCAUAUCUUCAGGUUGGUUGCGCAAGAAGAAGCUGAAUUUUCCUGGCGCUGCAGAGUGCAACCGAGAAACUACAGUCGAUCAGGCUCUCGUGCGAAAACAUGACGGCGAGCUGCCGGUGGCCGCGGAGCAAGUGCUGGGGGACGUGUCGCAUGCAUCGCUUGGCACCGAACUUGAAGGGAAAAAGUUCGUUGCUUGGCUCAUCUCUCCCUCCUCCGACAGUGUCGCAGCAGGACUUGACGUUGGUAAUUUUGUCCCACUUUCCGAGUCUAAGACGGCGCAGCGCAAUGUUCCAUCAGAUGCCAUUUUCCACGCUGCGGCUGUGGUAAACUGGGCCCUGAGCUAUGCACAGCUUCGACCGACGAACGUUGUUGGCACCUGGCAGAUGGUCCAAGUGGCGAUGCAGCGAGGCGUGCCUUUGUUCUACAUCUCCACGAUUUCUGUGGCGGCGGGUGAAGCCGGAACGAAGGAUCGCGAGGAUUUGCACAAUGGAUACGUGUUGACCAAACUGGCUGCUGAAGCUUUCGUGCGGGCUGCUUUCUCGCGCGGUCUGCAUGGUGCAAUCUUUCGACCUGGCAUGCUGUGCGGCAGCACCACAACAGGAGCCGGUCGUGCUGACUUCUUCCCUGAUCGAUUUCUGCAAAGCUGUCUUCGUUUGGGAUGCUGCCCGGAGUCUGACGCCGUUUGCGAUUGGACUCCUGUGGACUAUGCAGCGAAGGUGAUCGUCAAGGCCGCUGGGCAGAGCUCUGCACUGGGCCGCUCGUUCCAUGUGUACAACCCACGCAGUCCAAGCUACGCUGCUCUUGCGACACUCCUUCGCGUGCCACCGGUACCGGUGCAGAUCUUCUGGCAGAAGGUGCGAGACGAUCCGGAGAAUCCAAUGGCGCCGCUGGAGCCCUUGCUUGCAGGGAGCCUUCCUGUGGCGGACGAUUGGGGAGAUGCGAACCUCCAGCAGGUGCUAGGUGCGGACUACAAUCCGCCCCAGCUCACCGAGGAGCAGCUCAUGGAGUGCAAGCACCUCUCCGAGAGUGAGGUGAAGCAACUCACAGAAAUGGCUCGGGAGAUCCUGGCCGAGGAGAGCAAUGUGCAGCCGGUCAGAUGCCCUGUGACGAUAUCAGGUGACAUCCACGGCCAGUUCCAUGAUCUCAUGGAGCUCUUCCGUAUAGGGGGCCUCCUCCCCGACACAAACUAUCUCUUCCUCGGGGACUACGUCGACCGAGGCUAUUUCUCGGUAGAGUGCGUGUCCCUCCUCUUGGCCUACAAAGUCCGGUACCGGGAACGGAUCACCAUUCUUCGGGGUAACCACGAGAGUCGCCAGAUCACGCAGAUCUACGGCUUCUUCGACGAGUGCGCUCGGAAGUAUGGCAGCCAAAGUGUGUGGAAGAUGUUCACCGAUUUAUUCGACUAUCUGCCUUUGACGGCCCUGGUCGAGAACCGGAUUUUCUCACAGCAUGGAGGCCUCUCACCGAGCAUCGAGAAGCUAGACGAUGUCAGGAAGCUUGAUCGGAUACAGGAGGUGCCACACGAAGGCGCUAUGUGCGAUCUCCUUUGGAGUGAUCCUGACGAUCGUCUCGGCUGGGGCGUGAGUCCUCGAGGUGCGGGCUACACCUUCGGGCAGGAUGUGUCCGAGAAGUUCAACCAGUCGAACGGUUUGAACCUCAUCGCGAGGGCGCACCAGCUGGUCAUGGAAGGGUACAACUGGACCCAUGAACAGCAAGUUGUCACUAUCUUUUCUGCGCCAAACUACUGCUACCGUUCCGGAAACCAGGCCGCCAUCAUGGAGAUUGAUGAGCGGCUAGGGUCUCACUUUGUGCAGUUUGAUCCCGCGCCUCGUCGGGGUGAAGCAGCCAUAGGCAGGCCCCCGGUUGAGUACUUCUUGUGA